AUGGCAGAAGCUGGUGCAUUUACUAUGACAUAUCUACCAUCAACGUCAAAACGACCUUGCUAUUGUUGUCUAGUAGAUAACAAUGAUCUUAAUAAUAUGGAGUUAUCUCAUAUUACUUUACGAACCCCAGAAAUCAUGAAAAAAAUAAUCAAUGAAAAUCGAGCAAAAGAUUUUUUGAUUCAUGAAGAAAUUAAUUAUUUCUGGAAAUCUAAAGAUUUUAACAUUUACUCAGCAACGGUUCUGGAUCGGAUGCACAUGCUCGAUCUUGGAAUCACAAAAUAUCUUCUAGAGUAUACACGUGAAUAUUUACAGCAAAAAGUUGACAGUAAAACUGUUAACGAAAUUGAUCAUAGACUUCGUAAAAUUCCACGUUACCCAGGAUUGAUUAUUUUUAAAAAUGGAUUAGAAAAUAUAACGAAGUUUACUGCCAAUGAUUAUCGCAACAUAAUGAAAGUGAUCAUCUUUAUUAUAGAUAAUUUAUAUGAUAAUUACAAAGAAGGUGGAAUAAUGUGUAAAAAAUUAUGCAAUGUUUUUUAUAAAUAUUUAAAAAUGUAUAUGAUGUUGCGACAAGAAAUGUUUACAGAUAUGGAUUUAAAAGAGUUAGAGACGCUAAUAAUUGAAUUUUGUCAAGAAUUUGUAAAUAUAUUUUUUGAAUAUUCUACCAGCCAUUGUAAAAUCCCAAAACUUCACAUGCUCCGCUAUCAUGUAAUUCCAUCAAUUCGCCUUUAUGGUUUUAUGAACGUAAUGUCGACUGAAACGUAUGAAACAUUACACAAAAGCAAUGUAAAAAAUCCCUACAGAUCGACCAAUAAAAAAAACUAUGUUCUACAAAUGCUUAAAACGUUACAUAAAAUAAGGAAAUCUAGCGGAUUUAAAAAUCUGCUGUGGGAAUUUAAAUUUACUGAAAUUGAAGAAAAAGUAUCUCAAAUAAUACAAGAUGAUACUAUUAAUCCCUUACAUAAAACAGGGUUUAAAAAUUUUCGUGCUGGGUUGGAAGAGUUUUUGACAGAAAAUGAUGUUACUUAUGAUGAAAAUUUUGGAUAUUUCAAAAUAUAUUCAAAUGCAUCUGUUGAAUCAAUGGAUAUUAUUCGAACGUCAGGAAGUUUUUAUGGCAGUGAGUGGUUUAGCGAUGUAGCAGUUUCCUCUGAGAAAACUGAAUGGUAUGGAAAGGCACUUCUAUUAUUUGAAUUUUUUGCAGAAAAUAAAAAAGAUCCAAUAAACCUUAUUUUACUACAAUGGUAUGAUGAAAUAUAUGAAGAAAUGUAUGAAUCAAUCUUCAAUUACCAAAACUUCACAUGUGGCGGUAUCACACUAUUCAUACAAUCAAACGUUAUGGAUCACUUAAUGGAAACUAUGAAAUCAUUAUUAUGGAAAUUGCUGAUUAGUGAUCUACAAGCUCUUCGGGAAAAACUUGAACAUGAAAAUAGUGUAGAUGAACUAUGUAUUGAAGGAAUGCAUCACCUAAUUAAUUAUUUAGAUGCUUAUUUGGAUGAUAAAUCCAAUGUUACUGAAUGUGAAGAUAUUUAUUUAAAAAUUUAUGCUACAGGAGUAUUGUCAAAUAAUGAAAUUAUUUAUGCUACUAGUAAAUUUCACAAUAAUGCAAAAUUUAGUGAUAUCGCAAUAGCAAUGGAUAAUGUUGAUUAUUUAACUGAUGAUGGAUUGUGUUAUGGUAAAAUAUUAAUGAUAGCUGAAAUUUUAUUUCUUCCUAAUUAUUAUCCUAUUUUUCCUAUUGUAUUAGUGCAUUGGUUUAAUACAUAUGGUAAAGAGAUUUGA